AUGGCUGCUGCUCUCAAGCUCGUCCCCGCCUCCCACUUCUUCUUAUUCCAGUGCACCAGUAAUCCGACAAGAUCUGAUCCGCAGCCCAGUGAUCCGGUGCCUACUGGGCCUCGGCCCGUGUCGCCGCCAGCUUGCUCCCCGCCCAGCGUGCGGCAGGCCCCUGUCCGCUGCUCAGCAUUUGCUUCUUCCUGGAUAGGAUCGCGAAGUGGUGUGGUGAGAUACGACAAGUUCUCCGGAUGUUCCUCGACAAGCUUUAACAGGCAAGCAUUUCCCCUAUACUCCUGUCCCUGCAGGAGUCGCUCACCUAUUUUAUUUUGCCUUCUCCCUCAUGCUAUCCUUAAGUUGCGUUCUUGUCACUUGUCCUUUCCACUUGUUACCUCAAGCAGCCCAUAUUGCCACCACCACCUCCUACGGCUAUUGUUUGGUUAUCGAGUCUGCCCUUGCGAGUCGUAGUGCAUGCUAGUGUUGUUUUAUCCCGUUACCGUUAUUGUUAUCUUAUUGGGUUAUAUGUUGGAAUCAUGGUUACUUUAGUUGUUGAUAAUUGUUUAGCGGAGGCAUCGGUGGUUCAGCUGCUUGUUUUGUGACGGCUCACUUGUGUUUCCUAAAUAUCUUAGGACCCCGAGUUCUUGUUAUCUGUUCCGAGACUGAGCGCUCUAACCACACGUGGGUAUGCUUACCGGGUCUCCCCUCGACCACUGCCGGAAUCUGCAGCUUUGUCCAGUGGCCACAACUAGUUUGGAUGUUUAUUUUGUUUCUCCCGGGCGUGCAAGCUUGUUUCUUUGUGGUCAGAUGAUAUGAUGUUACUCUUGGGGAAGCCAUGUUGCCUUGUAACCCCGUUGUCUCUUGCACGCUCGUAGGAUGCGGUACGUAUUGCUGAAGAUGGAUUCACCCUGCGGGCACUGUUUCCAUUUGAAAGCCGUAGACGCAAACAGCUAAGUCCGCGUCGGAGUUUCGAUCGGGCUCCGAAACGGGUUAACUUAGUUAGGUGGCUUCCUGGACAUUGUUGUAGUGAAGGAGAGUGCGUGUCGUGAUAUCCACCUGUCGUAAGUGG